AUGACAAAACAAAGACCGUCUGGUGCCACCAAGCGAGAAGCAUUUCAAGACUGGUUGAAAGAACCUGCUCAUUCGUCUGCUCUUCUUGUCCAUGGAAACUCGGAUUCGACAUACUUUUGCUCGCCGUUGUCAUAUCUCUACGCACAGAUAGCUCAAACUUACGCCGAACAGGAUGGAAUGGUCGUCAUAAGCUCCCAUUGCAGUCUUCAUACCCAACUACGCGACCGACGCGCGAUUGCCGCAGCCCUCCUACGGCAACUGGUCGGACAGCUGCUCUCGCACAAAAACCUACGAGCGCGUCCUUUCGACCUGUCCUUGACGGAAACGAAUCAAGAAGAUCAAAACCAAGAUACAUUCCAGCUGUGUAAACUCUCCAAGGAACUUAUUGGUCGACUUCUGCCCUUUAAUCUCUUCUGCUGA